UAAUAUGCGCGGGCGCAGUGAGCGUCGGCGCGGUGAACAGCGAGCUCGUGUGUGUAGCUUUAUUGAGGUGGCCGAGUGUGUGAUGUGAUCUUAUUGGACCACUUAUUGUUGACGAGAGGUUAUCAAUUAUCAUCUCGUCCUGUUACUCGUACAUUCAUUCACGUAAAAUGGUACGGUUAAUUGUAUUGAUUGCCACUCUAACAUGGGGUGUCACGGACACCGUAUCGUCACCUCAACUUGUGAAGAAGACCAUUUCACUUGAAGAAAUAGUGCCUCUACAACCCCAUUUUUACCCUGAAAUGUUGGCUGUACAGUGGAUAUCAGAUACGGAGUACAUAGUCGCAGAGCCUGGUGCUAUCAAUAAGUUUAAUGCUGUUACCAAUAACUACACCACGAUUUUAGACCAAUCUGAACUGUACAAUUUAAGUCGAUUUGCUGUGUCAUCGUUUCUGAAUGAGCAUUAUUUGAUAUUGACUACAAAUAGGAGAAAGGUUUACCGAUAUUCAACUAUUGCGGAGUACUCCGUGUACAGCCUCGACAACAAGUCCAUUGUUAGUAUCGGCCAAGGCCCGCUACAGGUGGUCGUAUCGAGCAAUGACGAUUCACUGGCCUAUGUGCAGAACAACAACGUAUUUUACGUUCCUGAUGUCGCUAAUCCCGAUGUGAUAAUUGCCCUCACCGAUGACGGAGUAAACGGACAAAUUUACCAUGGCGUUACUGAUUGGAUAUAUGAAGAGGAAAUUUUUAAUGCUGCGGAAGCAAUGUGGUUCUCACCUAACGGAACCUCCUUAGCUGUGGCUUCCUUCAAUGAUACUCAAGUAGAGUCUGCCGUGUACCCCUACUACGGGGAGCCUUCUGAAUUUGACAACCAGUACCCUCUGAUGAUACAAUUUAAAUAUCCCAAGGCAGGUCGCACUAACCCUGAAGUACAGUUACGAGUGUUCAAAUUAAACGAAUCUGAUAUUGAGGCGAUGGUUAUACCAGCACCAGUUGACAUCGUUGGACUGGAUCACAUCUUAGGCAGAGUGAACUGGGCGACUGACAAGAACCUGAUUGUGUUGUGGCUUAACAGACGACAAAGCAUUAGUGUGCUGACUAAUUGUGACUUGAAAUUGGAUAAAUGCGUAAUUUUGAAACAAGAAACUGAGCCCAGUGGCUGGGUCGAUAUUCGACAGCCGUUUUUUGAUGCAUCUGGAACUCAAAUGGUAGAAGUCCAACCGCUGUCUUACAAUGAUCAACGAUUUAUGCACGUUGGACGUCUUGACUUUAAUACUCUGCUCACGGAAGACUUGAGCCCCGGAAAUUCAACUGUUACGCAAAUAUUGGGUUGGAAUCAAGAAACUGAUACCGUUUAUUACAUUAUUUCGCCUGGGACUGAACCUUGGAAAAGGGAAAUGUGGGCUACAUCUCAAGGAAUUGCUAAAUGUAUUUCGUGCAACAAACCUCAUUGUAGUCAUGUCGAUGGAAUGUUUUCUCCUGGUGGUAGUUACGGUAUUAUAACAUGUAGUGAAACUAAUGUACCUCCAAUUUCUUAUUUUUAUACCAGUCAGAAUGAUUCUUUCAAACUGCUGACCGACAACUCGGGACUGGUUGAGAUCUUAGGUCGCUAUAAAAUUCCUAUGGUCCUUUUUAAUAAGAUGACUUUAGAAGAGGAAACAAUGGCACAUAUUAAAUUGCUUUUGCCGAGUGAAAUGGAGCCGGGGAAAAAGUAUCCAAUGAUUGUAAGAUUGUAUGCUGGACCAGGCACCUCUAGAGUCAAGGAUGUUUAUGAUAUGGAAUACUACAACAUGUACUUAAGUAGCAAUCGAAGUUUCAUAGUAGCGUCAAUCGAUGUGAGAGGCUCAGGCGCGAUGGGAGUAGAGGCAAUGCACGCGCUGAACAACGCUCUCGGGACCGUUGAAAUUACUGAUACUUUAGCUGCUAUAAGGCGUCUUAUCGCAACGUACGAAUUCAUUGACCCCAAACGAAUUGGUGUAUGGGGCUGGAGUUACGGCGGUUACGUAUCCACCAUGCUGCUCAUCAAGGACGAAGAGAAAAUACUUGCUUGUGGCGCCGCUAUAGCCCCUGUUACUUCCUGGCUGUAUUAUGAUACAAUGUACACUGAGCGGUAUAUGGAUACGCCUCAGAACAACCCAGAAGGCUACAACAAGUCGGACCUGAUCGUAACAGCUGAGAAGAUGCGGGGUCGUCAGUACCUGCUUGUUCACGGCACCGGCGACGACAAUGUACACUUCCAGCACAGUAUGCAGCUGGCGAAGAAGUUGCAGAGAGCUGAUAUUGCUUUCGAGCAAAUGAGCUACACCGAUGAAACCCAUUCGUUAAGAGGUGUGAGUCGACACUUUUAUCACACAUUAGACCGCUUUUGGACGGAGUGCUUUCAUUCAUAACCGAAAGUAUUAUUUACCGAUUGGUAA